AUGCAGACGCAGAGGUCACCGGCGAUGGUGGGGGGAGGGCCCGGGUCGGCGGUCGGGUCGCCAUCCCCGGCGACGGUGCCGGUGAGGCGGCGCUGCGAGGGCACGGCCAUGGGGGCCGUCACCCUCGACCUCCGUCCCGGCCUCGGCGUCGGCCCCUUCACCCUCGGGAUGCCGAUUUCCGAUGCAUUUGCGCAGAUUGAACACCAGCCAAACAUUUACGAUGUUGUCCACGUGAAGUACUUCGACGAGGAGCCUCUAAAGUUGGACUUCGUCAUAAGCUUUCCAGAUCACGGGUUUCACUUACGCUUCGAUCCUUGGUCGCAGAGGCUCCGCCUCAUCGAGAUUUUUGAUGUUAAGAGACUGCAAUUGCGUUACGCGACGUCUUUAAUUGGCGGCCCAUCGACACUAGCCACUUUUGUAUCUGUUUAUGCUCUAUUCGGACCGACUUUCCCUGGGAUAUAUGAUAAAGAGAGGGGCAUGUAUACCCUCUUCUAUCCAGGUUUAUCAUUCGCAUUCCCUAUCCCCAGUCAAUAUACAAGUUUCUUCAACAAUGGGGAAGUGGCAGAUUUGCCCCUGGAAUUUCCUGAUGGAACAACUCCGGUUACGUGCCGUGUUUCUAUAUAUGAUAGCUCAACAGAUAGCAAAGUUGGUGUUGGCUCAUUGAUGGAUAAGGCAGUUGUUCCUGCCUUACCUGCGGGCAGCCUAUAUAUGGAGGAAGUACAUGCAAAGCUUGGUGAAGAGCUUUGGCUCACUACUGGGGGGCAGCAUAUUCCUUUCGGAGCAUCGCCCCAGGAUAUCUGGACCGAAUUGGGUCGUCCAUGUGGUAUCCACCAAAAGCAGGUGGACCAAAUGGUUAUACACUCCGCAUCCGAUCUCCGUCCUCGGACUACUCUUUGUGGAGACUACUUCUACAACUACUUCUCGCGUGGUAUAGAUAUCUUAUUUGAUGGUCAGACACACAAGAUAAAGAAGUUUGUUUUACAUACAAACUUCCCUGGUCAUUCUGAUUUCAAUUCAUACAUGAAAUGCAACUUUGUUAUCUAUGACGCUGAAGCUGAAGGGGCACAGCAGCCGGGUAACACUUCCAAGAAUUGCAUAACACCUCGAACAAAAUGGGAACAAGUCAAGGAGAUCCUUGGUGACUGCGGUCGAGCAGCAAUCCAGACGCAGGGCUCGAUGAAUAACCCAUUUGGAUCAACUUUCGUCUAUGGAUACCAAAAUAUUGCUUUUGAGGUGAUGAAAAACGGAUAUAUCGCCACCGUUACUCUCUUCCAGUCAUGA